GACAUGCUGUUCGCAUUUAUAGAGGCAGGGUCAAGUCAUGACAUGUCGGUGCUGAGGGACUGCAUGGAGUUCCCCAAUUACCCACAUCCACCACCAGGAAGGUACUAUCUGGUCGACUCAGGAUAUGCAGUUCAGGCCGGAUAUUUGGGGCCGUAUCGCAGUCAAAGGUACCAUCUUGAAGAAUUCAUCCGCCGAGGGGCUGAAACUGUGCAGGAGAAGUUUAACUACCACCAUUCGAGUCUUCGCAAUGUCGUGGAACGGGAGUUUGGUGUGCUCAAGUCGAGGUGGCACAUUUUGCAAGGGGUACCGUACUAUGCGAGGGAGAAGCAUACCAAGAUCCUUAUUGCUUACUUUGCGCUGCACAAUUUUUGUUGGAGCAUAGACUUGCAAGAACUGAACAUGGGAACAUGGUUUGAGAUGCGGACUACGAAAUGUCCGCAUGGGUGGCAGCAAAUGCUUCUGAGGAUAUAGCAGAUGUGCGAUAUUGGAUAGCAGUUGGAAUCGGCUUGAUGUAGUGCAAAGGUAUGACCAAUUUCGGAUGGAGUGUUGUAGAAGUUCGAGUAUAUGUCGGUCCCGACUGAUGGCUAUGGCAAUAUGGGUGCGUGCAGGUGGCGAAAGGCAAAUUUUGGGUCAUUAGCUAUUGGGAGUCUAGAAUGGCGUGAAGAAGGAUGCAGGAUGUUGCGUAUAUUUAAUGAUGUAUGUUUAUGUGCAUUUGUUGUGCCAUAUGUUGUAUGACUAGUCAGU